GGGGAGGCGACCGGGGGCGGGGAUGGGGGACCGCGGGAGCGGCGAGGGGAGCACCACGGAGCGCACGGGGCACAGAGCAGCCGCGCUCCCCGCGCAGCGCCCCUUCAUAUACACCGCGGACUCCGCCCUGCCCGCGCCGCCGCCAAUGCGGAUCGGCCGAGCGCUCUGCGGGCGGGGCCCGGGGCGGGAGGGGCGCAGUGGGGGCGCGCCGGCGGCGGGAGCGUCAAGGAGGGAGGGGGCGGGGGGCUGCGGCACCUACACCAGGGGGAAGGGUGGGCGCGGGCCGCCCGCGGCUCGCCGGAGCUCCGACCCGCUGGGCCGGGCAGGAGCUCCCGGCGCCCCGUACGGCCGCCCGCCCCGCUCCGCCGGACUCGCCACACUCCGGCGGGCUCACCGGAGUGUAACGCGACUGCGGAAUCAUGAGCGCCGACAGCACUCCCGCCCCGGCCCCGAGCUCCGUCGCCCGCACCCUGGGAGCACCAGCCGGGAGGGGCGGGCAGGAGCUCCCCAGCGGCAGCAGGACUUGCCCGUCCCCUGUGGCGGGAGGGACACGACUCACACACGCGACAGCCGCCGCCCUUGCGGGGUGACCUUCAGGGCACUGCACAAACGCCACAGCCGCCUCGGGGUCGGGGAAUACCCAGCCGUCGGCAGCGCACCCCGGGCCCAGCAGGGUGGGGUUGGGGGGUUCUCUGCGGGGACACCUCUGUCAUCACAGGUCUGGAGCUGCAAUGAAUGCACAUAAGAUGAGCCCUUCCAUAAUACUACCUAAUACUACCUAGCAGGUGCACAUUCUGGCAGUUCCCUGCAAGAAUGACCUAGCCUGGAAUCAAGGAUCACCCAAACUCAACAUGCUCUUCUCAGGUCUCAAGAAGAAGUGGUCUGGCCACCACUAUCACAUACCCUUCCUAAGCUGUUAAAGGGAACAAGUGAUAAUGAGUCACCCUUCUCCAUGGCUACAAUCCUGAACCAGCCCCUGAAGCAACUAAGGGACCUGCUUUUUUAGGCUUUCAAUCUUACUUUGCUGGGGCCACUCAAGGUCUAGGUCCAGACAGGCCCGAUACCCUCAGGGUUACAACUACACUCAUGGCAGUGACUGAGGAUGGCUUCCUUAGCUUUAGACAUGCAACCAGACUUCUCAAAGCCAUGAAGGCUUAUGGGUUAGAGACACACGGAGGUUGGGUGCCUAGAUGGCCGCAUGUGUUUAAUUGGAAGUGGCUGGUCUGAUGAAUGCAUCAUGAUACAUUAUACAUGAUCAAAGGGAGCCAGGUGUGCCACACAGAUUUUCAUCCUGGGUUAGGAGAAUCAGCUCUCAGUGGUGUUUAUGUGAUGGGAAAAAGCUGGAAAGCCAUGGGAAAGAGGGUAAUUGACAUCUCUCUUUUCUUCUUGGUGUCUGGUCAGAGCCAGUCUUUUAAAGAAUCCUGGUGAUGGUGGUUGAUAACAAAAGCAAAUACAGACAGCACUACCCGAUACCCAAGCGAACAUCAUCUACGCUACAGGGAGGGUACUAUCAGUUACAACCUAAGGCAGCUGUGAUUACAAUCAAACCAAUAACUACACAAGCACUGCUGAAGGAAAAAACAUCCAUUCUUGACUCCUCAGACCACAGUGCAGUUGCUGCUCUUGCCAGCUAGUCUGUUCCUCUCAGCUGCUGGGCUGAGAGCUUGCAGCUGCAAGUCUGCAGUGGCAACAGAAGAGCUGAACCAACUAUCCUUCUAACACCCAGGGUGCAAUUUUAUAGCUCAGGUGUGCUACCCUACAAAGGACAGCAGUUAGGGAAUUAUGUAUGGGUGCAUGGUGGUGUCACCCAGGCAUGAUAUCUGCUCACCAGACAGCCCUGCAAUGUUAUGUCUCAUGUUUUCUACAGGACAGGACCCAGUUCAUCUGCCCUGUGGGAGAAACAGCACAUGAGUUAGCUCAGGGCACAUGCAACAGCAGCAGUCUGUGCAGCCUCUCCUUCCUGCCUACUGCUUGAGCAAUAGGGUCAUCCAAAAUAAAACAGGCAUGGGACAUUCAGGGAGGUUCAAGGUGAUACUGAAAUCAGAGAUUUUAAUAGGAAUACACUCUACCAGAGCAUUAUUUCCUAUGACCACAGAAAGUGACUUUGAAGAAAUCAACUAGAGAAGAUCUAAAGAACUGUAUCACAAUUACAUAGUAAAUGGCCACCUAGAAACACGAUCUU